AUGGUCAACAGUGAUAAAGCCUUUGAAGAUUGUGACGUGUCAAUGUUGUGCCGUAUCGACCUGACCCCAAAAUGUCGAGGUCAUGUGAAGAAGAAAAAUUGUCGUCGAGGUCGAGAUGGUUUAAUGGAAGACGAGGACAAGGACGAGCAUCCGUCUUCAGCGCACAGAAGGGAUUUGGCGCCAUCUGACGGUGCAUCCAAUGCAUGCGCGUCUGGACUGGGACUCGUGCUUGAAGUUCCCACUGGUCAAGUCGUUCACCAAUCUAUAAGGUGCCCAGAUAUGACUAACACUGAGGCCGAGUAUGAGGCCGUAAUUGCAGGAUUCAGACUCGAAUAUGGGAUGAGACGUCUAAGGCUAUACUGCGACUCUCAUCUCGUCAUCAACCAAGUUACUGGGACUUUCCAGAUCAAAGAACAAAGGUUACAGAAAUACCAAAUCGAGAUAUGCAAAUUGUUACCCAAAUUUGACGAAUGCCAGCUCGACCAGAUUUCACGAACUAAAAAUGUCGAGGCGGACGACCUCGCAAAAUUGGCCACCGCGAAAAAAACAUAA